CAGGUUUCUUGCUGAUGAACUCAUACUUUGUAGCUGCUGCUCCGCUUGUAUAAAUAAGCAAAGCGUCAAACACAAAGCUUCAUGUCCAACUGGAGGUUGGCCCUAGCUUCCUUGCCCGACCACUGUAGAACGAGCCCUUGACAUCGUGUAUAUUGCUGCGUGAUCCUGACACAAGUAGCCAUAACAUCGCUCCUGAGUCAGCACACACGGAGAGGAGCAUCAUUGAAUCACUUGACGCGAAAGCGCCAAACAGCAAGGGCGCGAUGGCGCCGACUGGGAGAAUAGAGCGGGCAAAGAGCAAACUGAAGUCCACAUAUGCAAAGUUCAGGUCGAAGGCCUUCGUGGUCAGGUCCAUGGAGGAGCAGAAGGACAAGACGGCCAGCGGGUUUGAGAUGCACAAGGUGCUGGGGCCGUUCAGCCUGGUGAUGCUGGGCAUCGGCUGCAUCAUUGGGGCGGGCGUGUUCGUACUGACGGGCGUGGCAGCCAGGAAAUACGCGGGCCCCGGUGUAGUGGUGUCGUAUGCUCUGUCGGCUGUGACGGCCAUGCUGACCGCCUUCUGCUACGCCGAGUACGCGGCGGAGCUACCUGUGGCGGGCGGCGCGUUCAACUACGUGUCCAUGACCUUUGGGGAGUACGCGGCCUGGGUGACUGCCUGCGACCUGGUACUGGAGUAUACGCUGUCGGCGGCGGCGGUGGCCAAGGGCUUCACCGCCUACACCGCGGCGCUCAUUGGCAUCGACGUGAGCUACCUGAGGCUGCAGGCCUCGGUGUUCACGCUGGACCUGCCGGCGCUGGCGUCCGUGAUCGGCAUGUCCUUCAUCCUCAUGCGCUCCACAGCCGACUCCUCGCUCUUCAACAACCUGGUCACCGGCCUCAACGUGGCGCUCAUCAUCUUCGUGCUGGCCGCCGGCUUCCCGCACGUUGAGGCGGAGAACUACCACCCCUUCGCGCCCUUUGGCGCGCGCGGCAUCUUCACGGGCGCCUCGGUGGUGUUCUUCUCCUUCAUCGGGUUUGACACGGUGGCCACGGCGGCGGAGGAGGUGAAGAACCCCGGCCGCGACCUGCCCAUCGGCAUCGUGGGCAGCCUGGCCAUCUGCACCUGCCUCUACGUGCUCAUGUGCCUGGCCAUCACCGGCAUGCAGAGUUACACCGUGAUCGACCUCAACGCGCCCUUCGCGGUGGCAUUCGACCACGUGGGCCUGGGCUGGGCGCAGCGCAUUGUGGCGGCAGGGGCGCUCACAGGCAUCGUCACCAGUCUGCUGGGCAGCCUGUUGGGCCAGGCGCGCAUCUACGUCACACUGGGCCGCCAGUCGCUGGCGCCCGCGUGGCUGGCCAAGGUCCACCCCACCCGCGGCACGCCCGUCAACGCCACCUACGUCACCAUGUUCACGGCCGGCUUCCUGGCGCUGUUCAUAGAGAUAGAGCUGCUGGCGGAGCUGGUGUCCAUCGGCACGCUGGUGGUGUUCUGCUCGGUGUGCGCGGGGGUGCUGUUCCGGCGCUACUACGUGCACGGCAGCGGCGAGCCGCUGCGGCCGGUGCUGGGGCGGCUGGGCGGCGUGGUGGCGGCGGCGGUGUGCUUCUCCGUGUCCUUCACCGAGGCGGCGCCCGCAUGGGUGCCCGCGAUAUUCCUGGUCGUGUGGUUCGCCAUAACGCUGUCCUUCUACAGGCUGCCUGUGAAGUACGUCCCCCAGGUGUUCCGCUGCCCGCUGUCGCCCUGGCUGCCCAGUGCCGGCAUGCUGGCCACGCUGCACCUGAUCGGCAGCCUGGGCUGGCCCGCCUACGUGCGGUGGAUUGUGUGGUUUGUGCUGGGCACCACCGUCUACCUCACGUACGGCAUGCACCGCUCGCAGGUGGGUCCGGCGCUGGGCGAGGGCGUGGACGCAACGGGCGUUGGUGUUGGUGUUUUUGGCGGUGGUGGUGGAGUGUGGGAUGGGAACGGCGGUGCAAGCUGGAUGGCGGGCGGUGGCGGGGCAAAGGUUGGGGGGUACGGGCGGUCGCGUGAGGCGGGCGCGGGUCGGCGCGGGGGCGAGGGCGUGGUGUGGGGCGGCGCGGGCGUGGGCUUUGAUGCGGAUCUGAGGCGCCGUGGCGUGGAGUGGCUGCCCGGAGGAGCUGGUAAUGCUGGCGGUGGUGGUGGUGGUGGUGCUGGUUUUCAAGCGGGCGUUGGUGCUGGUGUUGCUGGUGCUGGCGGCGCGUUGAGAACUGUCCCGGAGGCGGGAGGAUUUGACGCUUCGGACAUCCGGUCACAGCUAGAGGCGUUGGGCAUCCAGAUUGGCCCGGGGGUGGCAACGGGAGGGGGAGGCGGCAGCGGCGGCGGCAGCAGCCGAGAGGGCAGCGGCAAGGCGGGCGCACACAGGCGCGCGGCGGCACGCCGUGGCACGCGCGGCCCCAGUGGCAGCGGCGGCUUGGCGGGCGGCAGCGGCGGCGGCGGCUUCACGAGCGGCGGCAGCGGCGGUGGCAGCGGUGGAGGCAGUGGUACGCCGGGUGGCGGGGGAGGAGGCGGUCGUGUGUGAGGAGCGCGGUCUGAUGUGUGAGAUGGUGUGGAUUGGUAGAGGUGGGAUGAGGUGGGAUGGCUUGCUGGUGUGGGAUGUCGGGAGCCGGACAUUUGGGGAUGGCGGCAUUUCCGUGCUCCUGGACGGUGCAGGAUGUCGAAUGGGCGAUGGUAGCUUGCGCGCUUGCUCAACGGGCGGCGCGGAUCUUGCCCCGACCCUGGGAGGGAAGCGAGUGAUGGCAAGGGAGGCGGUAAACUUGCACGUGCGCUACACGUGAGACUGUCUCGCUGGCGUAUGCUCGGACACGCAGAUAGCAGGCUGCAAGUACUGCCUAUAUGUAUUGGACAAGCCUAUGGUGAGUAUGAUACCGGUGAUGCUGGGCGAUGCACCAACUGCAUGUGCUGCUUUGCCAAAGGCUCGGUCCAAGCAAAGGGGUUUCUCGGCGCCAACAGAAACAGGAAGCAAAGUUCUAGCGCCC